UCUUGUUAAACAUGGGGAUAUGUGCUUGGAUGCAGAUGAAUGUCCCUGUUCAUGGAAAGGAAAGGAAUACUUUCCAGGUGACAAAGUAAUUUCUUCCUGUCAUACAUGUGUUUGCCAGCAUGGAUCAUUUCAAUGCACCUUCCAUCCUUGCCCAUCAAUGUGCACUGCGUAUGGGGAUCGGCAUUACAGAACAUUUGAUGGACUAACUUUUGACUUUGUUGGAACUUGUAAGGUUUACCUAGUUAAGAGUACUUCAGCCAGUUUUUCUGUUAUGACAGAGAAUGUUGACUGUUUUAGCACUGGAAUCAUUUGCAGAAAAAACAUUUUCAUCAAUGUUGGAAAAUCGGUUUUAGUAUUUGAUGAUGAGACUGGAAAUCCAAGCUUAUCUAGUUACAUAGAUGAACGACAAAAAGUGCAGUUAUGGAAAGCUGGAUUUUUCACUGUUGUUCAUUUUCCUUCUGUGGGUGAAUUGACUGGAUUAUGUGGCAAUUUUGAUUUGAAGACUGUAAAUGAAUUGAGGACUCCAGAUAAUUUUGAAUUAACAAACUCACAAGAGUUUGGAAACAGCUGGACAGCUGUAGAGUGUGUUGACAGCUCUGACAUUCGAAAUCCAUGCAGCUUGAAUCCCCUUAGAGAGCCGUUUGCCAAGAAGGAAUGUGGAAUUCUGUUAAGUGAAUCAUUUGAAGCUUGCCAUCCAGUGAUUGACGUCACCUGGUUUUACUCCAACUGCUUGACAGAUACAUGUGGUUGUAACCAAGGAGGUGACUGUGAGUGUUUCUGUACAAGUGUAUCGGCAUAUGCCCAUCAGUGCUGCCAGCAUGGAGUUGCUGUAGACUGGAGGUCUCCUAGAGUGUGUCCUUAUGAUUGUGAAUACUUCAACAAAGCUCUGGGAAAAGGACCAUACAAACUGGUUAGCUACUUGGAUGGAAAAUUUGUAAUGGCAGUGAAGCUGGUGGAUGGUGGUGUUUUCCCAGUGAGAGAAGAAGAUAUUGUUCCUGGACAUGCAGUGAGCUUUAUGCUGACUUCAGGACUUUAUAAACCCAAAGCACAUGAUUCCAACUUGAUUUCAUUUGAAACAGCAGAGAGACCAAACUAUUUUCUUCAGUUGGUCGCCAAUAAUAGUCUUGUUCUUUCUAAAUGGAAGAAAACAGAAGAGUUUCACAACAGAUCCACAUUUGUCAUUCACAAGAAUACGUGGCUUUCAGGAUACAGUUCCUUUGAGUCAUUUGCAAAACCAGGAUACUUCAUCCACAUUUCAGCCUCUUCAGUUCAGCUUUUGAAGUACCAUCAUUCAGAGGAGUUCAGACUGUCAACUCUUUUUAAUCUUGUGGAUGUUGAAUUCAAGUUUCUGUCCCGUUCUACAUGUGAAUGGCAUUAUGAUGCCUGUACAAGCCCUUGUUUUAAGACAUGCAGGGAUCCUUUGGGGAAAACCUGUCAGGAAGUACCAAAAGUGGAAGGAUGUGUCCCUGCCUGUCCUCUCAAUAUGCUGCUGGAUGAAAUCACUCAAAGAUGCGUGUAUUUUGAAGACUGUAUUGAACCUGCAGAUGAUAGUCCACCUUUGUCUCCCAGCAUUCAAACACCAGCAGUUUCACACAUAACUUCAAAUGCAAGUUUGACAGUGAUCAGUGAAGCAGUAACUUCACUUCCUGUACCUGAAGCAAAGGAUAUGGAAAUAACACUUGCUUCAAAAUUGCAACCCUCUGCAACUACAGGGAAAAUUGAAUUUUCAGCUGUUACAUCUAAUACAACACUUCCAAUCAUAAGUUUAUCAUCAAAUAUUUCUUCACAGCCAACAGAAACAACUUCUGGGAGAAGCACUACAGCAGUGACUGAGACAUCAAAAUCUAGUCUAAGCUUGUCUGCUUCUGUUGACAUUUCUCCUUUGCUUCCUUCUACUGUCAGUUCAGAAGCUUCCACAAGGAUGCAACUGAUCAGUAGUGGUUCCACUAAAUUAUUGAGGGCUACAGAACCUCAGACAGUAACUGCUACACAUGCAGUGACUACAAGCACAGAAUCAGAAGGCAAACCAAUUGCUACUUCUAUUUUUACUGGAGCACCAGUUAUACUUGGAACAUCUAAAAUAAUGGAGAUACCAGAAAUAGCCACAACACCUCCCAUGAAAGAAGUACAAGUAAAACCAGAACGACCUACAACUUUUACACCCAGUUCAUUUGAAUCAGUAACAGAAAAAACUACUGCAUAUCUGCCACAGCUUUCCACAUCACCACCUCUGGGUGUGCCUUCAUAUACAUCACCAGUAAACUUAACAGUAACUCCAGAAGGAGCAAAAAUAAGUGUAGGACAGUCUUCUAGCACAGUAGCUAAUGUUACAGUAACAUCACCUUUUCCUGUGCUCACUACUUUGCUAAAACCAGUAUCUUCAGCAAUAACAAAAGCAGCAGCUGUUUUAACCAAACAAAGCAUGAAGACUACAUUUUUACCAACAUCCAUACCACCUAUUUCAUUAGGAAAGGCAAUUACAGAACCUCCUCUUGCAAUGGUUCAACACUUGACUGGUACUGCAGAGGUACCUUUCACUAUAGGUACAGAGACAACAACUCUGCAAACUCAAGAGACAUCAUCAACACCACCUUUGGUAUCAUUUACAACCCAUAAAAAGGAAAUUCCCCAAACAACAUCUCAUGUGGAGCAUAUGUCAAGUUCCUAUUUCCCUCCCUAUUCACUACUCCCUAGUUUUACAACUGAAAAAUCCUUCACUCUUUCUACAAAAAGAUCUUCAGUUUCUGUUCCUACACCUUCUUCUCCAGCUUCAGGUGAAUUAAAAAAAACAUUUAAAACUGUUUCAACUACAGGAUAUCCCUUAGAUAUUGUUCUAAACACAACAGAGUUCCUGACUACAUUAUACACUAAACAUCCUGUUGUGGCUGAGACUAUCAGAGUGACACCUAUAUCUGUUGAGGUAACAUCCAAAAUAACAUCCCCUUUUGAACUAGCAGCAAAGUCAACUUUAUUUCCUGGAAAAACACCUACUGAAUACAAGUCAGCUCUGGUCUCAAGUACGGUGAAGACAAGCACUUCAGCAUAUUCAGAUAGUGUUACCACAUCAGCAAUGAAAACCAAAGAAACCACCACAGUUCCUUUUGUAGCUACCAAGUCAUCUCAAAGAACAUCUAUCACUGGAGCUCCACUUACUCUCCUUAGUGGAACUGAAACCACGUUGUUGAAAACACGGCCUGAUAAAUCACAAGUGGAAAGUAUUACUAGUAUCUCUACUAGAAAGCCAUCUGGUUUUACCUUUUCACCAUCAAGUUCUUUAAUCUCUUCAAACAUUUCUCUUCCUUCACUACCCUCAGAUGGAAAAGAAGCAUCACUGACAGCUCUCAGUCCCAUGUAUACAUCCCAUGUUGUACUUCCAGUAACAAAGUCUUCUGACACCUUCUCCACCUCUCAGUAUCAAGCAGAUAAAUUAGUUUCUUCACCUUCUUUGAUACAACUGAUACCAGAAGUAACAACCACACCAAAACAUCCAGUAGAAACUAAAAUAGUUCCUACAGCAUUGAAACCGACAGUCAAAAGUAUAACAGAUACAGUGAAACUUACAGCAGCUGCAGCUCAACCAUCCCUUCCUCCAUCCUCAGUAGGCCCCUUCUCUUGGCAGACAUCUUCAGGAGAUUCAGUACAGACCACAAAGACCAUGGCUAUACCACAUUUUUCUACUCAGAGGGCUAUGGAUCGUCAGACUUCUGAGCCUUCAUUGACAAGCCAAAGCAUUACCCCAGUUUCCCAGUAUCCUGCAGAACCUCUAACUCAAUCCACUGGUCAGCCACGAAGUAUCUUUAGCACUACAAAAGUUAUUUUAUCUUCUGAAAAAGAUAUGUAUUUAACUGAUUCAGUCACACAGCUAUAUGUUUUGCACACUACUCAAACUUCAACAUUUGAAAUACCAUCUGAGGUGCGAACUACUUCCCUAAGUUCACUGCUAAUGGUAUCGGAUCAUCCAAAUGACACAACAGCUCCAUCAGUUUCCCCAUUUCCCUAUUUAUCUACCAAACCACUUUAUGGCUUUACUGCAACAUUUUCAGAUGGAUCGGCAACAGCCGAAGCCAUGUCAGGAGUCACAGCAUCACCUUUUAUGCUGCCUCGAGAAACAUCAGGUCUUCAAACUUGUACACCAAUCACAGAGAAUGAGUGCAUAAAACACAUUUGCUUGGAUGGACAACUGAUCCAAGUUAAUAAGUCGCAGAACUGCCCAUACAAUGCAACUCAACCCAGCUGUGGAGUGUUAGGAUUUGCUACUCAAAUAAAUGGUGACAAAUGCUGCCCAAAGUGGGAAUGUGCAUGUCGUUGCACCAUUUUCUCUGAUCUGAGCAUCGUAACCUAUGAUGGAAAUCAUUUGGCUUUAUUCAAAGAAGCAUCCUACAUUGUUAGUCAAACUCAAGAUGAAACUAUAACCAUCCAUGUCCUUGACUGUAGAAUGAGUAAUCCAAGUUCAACUUCUUUGUGCCUGGCAAUGUUGAAUCUAACCUAUGUAUCAAACCAAAUUAUUAUCAAUCGGUUAAGUAGAAAGAUAACAGUAAAUUCAAGAUCUGCUUGGCCUACUGUUAGAAAAUAUGGAUACAAAGUUGAAGAUUCAGGCUUCAAGUAUGCAGUUGAGACUCCAACCAAAAUCAGAAUUCAGUGGUUUCACAACACAGGGGUGAUGAUUAUUGAGUUUAACAGUACCAGAGAACAGAAUGCUUUGGGACUAUGUGGGGUUUGUGACAGAAGCUUGGAAAAUGACUUGAUGCUACCAAACAGGACAGUUUUAAGCAAAAGCCAUUCCCCAUCAGCUUUUAUAGACAGCUGGCAAGUGCCAGACACAUUAAAGUAUGUCGGAGAAGACAGGCAUCAGGAAACUAAUUGCUCGGUCAUGGACUGCUCAGAGUGCUUAAGAAUGGUGUUGAACCAGACCUUCAGCAGCUGUCAUCCUUAUGUUCCACCUGAGCUAUUCUGUGAUAUAUGGGUUCAGGACACUGAGUACAUUCAAAAUCCCUGCAUUUCACUAGCUGCCUAUGUGGCAAUGUGCAACAAAUUUAACAUUUGCAUAGAGUGGAGGAGCUCUGAUUACUGCCCCUUCUCCUGCUCUGAAAACUUCUCCUAUCAGCCUUGUAUAGCUGCCUGUGAGGUUCCAGAUAGCUGUCAGAACAAGGAGGUUGCUUCUCUGGACUCAGACUCCUGCUCAGUGCUGACAGAAGGCUGUGUCUGUGCUGGAGGGACCAUCCUUCACCGAACUCAUACUGCAGUCUGUAUCCCUGAAGAAAAAUGUGCUUGUACAGACAGCUCAGGAACACCUCAUGCAGUGGGUGAGAUCUGGAAAACGUCUUUGAGUGGAUGCUGUAUGCAAAAAUGUGUUGACAGUGAGACCAUUAUUCCAGUGGAGUACAACUGCUCAGAUAGCCACGAUUUAGACUGCCAGAGAUUUGCAGAAGUGCCAUUGCUUGUUCCUGGUGAUCAGACCUGUUGUCCUCAGAAGAUCUGUAGUUGUAAUCAGAGUCUCUGUGAAACCCUAAUCCCUGAGUGUAAUGCCUUGGAAAAGUUGGUCACUUACUACAGUGAAGAAUCCUGUUGUCCCAGCUAUGUUUGUGAAUGUGAUCCAGAAAAGUGUGAGCCAAUGGAGCAGAUGCCAACCUGUCAAGAUGAUCAGACUCUAAUUGCUGCUCGGGUGGAGAGUACCUGCUGCAUUUCCUAUAUAUGUGCUUGUGGGGCUUGCUCGGAUCAAAUACCCAAAUGUCAAGAAGGAGAAGUUCUUAUUGUGGAUGGCAACACUACAGAGAGGUGUUGUCCUACGUACCAGUGUAUUUGUGAAAUACAUCGUUGUCCUGAAUUCAAAUGUAUGCUAGGCAUGUCUUUGGUGGAGGUGUGGAGCCCAGAGAAGUGCUGCCCCUUUCGGACAUGUGAAUGUGCAUGUGAAACAAUACCCAAGCCUCAGUGCAAACUGGGGCAGAAACUUGAGAUAGAUGAACAGUUUCAGAACAGUACUGAAAAUAUCUGUAACUGUGUUAAGUACAAGUGUGUGAGGGACAAAGUUUGCCUGAGUAAUGAGAGAGGUGUUCUGCUCCCUGGACAGAGAAUCGUGGAACACAGCACAGAUGGCAUUUGCCAUAUUUCUUAUUGUACAGAUGUGAUUGAUCCCUCCACUAAAUACUACCAAAUAAACACAUCUUCGAUAGACUGUGCUGUCAAGUGCAAAGCUAACCAAGUCUAUCAGCCUCCAAAAGAUUUAACAACUUGCUGUGGUAGCUGCAAGAACUUGUCUUGUCUCCACACUUUCAGCAAUGGUACAGUUGGCAAUUUUAAGCCUGGUGCUGUUUGGAUUUCAAACUGCAUCAGAUAUGAAUGCACUAACACAGCAGUAGGACCAGUUCUGGUUUCCUCUUCAGUUGGCUGCCCACCCUUCAAUGAAACCGAGUGCGUGAAGGUUGGAGGCUAUGUUGUGCCGUUCUUAGACGGAUGCUGCAAAACAUGUAAGUGA